GCGGAGAGGCGGGGCGACUCCGCCGGUUGAGAGGUUGCGGUCUCGGCGUGGGGAGCCAUGGGUCAGACAGUGAAGGUUUUACAGCUGUUUAAGACACUGCACAGGACCAGACAACAGGUCUUUAAAAAUGAUGCAAGAGCAUUGGAAGCAGCCAGAAUAAAGAUAAAUGAAGAAUUCAAAAAUAAUAAAAGUGAGACUUCUCCUAAGAAAAUAGAAGAGCUAAUAAAAAUAGGUUCCGAUGUUGAACUGUUACUCAGAACAUCUGUCAUACAAGGUAUUCACACAGACCACAAUACACUGAAAUUGAUCCCUAGGAAAGAUCUUCUUCUAGAAAAUGUUCCCUACUGUGAUACACCAACUCAGAAGCAAUGAGUUUUCUAGAAUAAGACAAGUCUUUGUAUGUCUUAACUUUAUAAUUCUGGCAAAAGUCUCCUAGGGAUGCAGAUAGUCUUCUCUGAGCUUCCAUAUUGAAAAAUGAAUGGACUAGCUUCAUAAUUAAAUUUCACAUUAAAAGGACAUUGCUGAGAACUACAGAAUAUAGUCAAGCAUUUUUAAAGGACACUGGAUAAAUAUUCAUUUUUUUGUUGAAAAUCAGACUCUGUAGUGAAGUAAGUGUGUAGGGAGGUCUAAUAGCAUUUUCAGUUCUCUUCACAUUGGGAAAUCUUUUGAUGUCGCCGUGGCUAUUUGAGAAGGAAGCAUUGUAACAGGCUGGGUAGUUUUCCUCCCAUGGGAAAUGCAGUCGUUACAUAUGAAUUAUUAGAUUGAAUUGAUGUUCACACCCCAAAAUAUUAAAUUUAUCAAAAGAUAACAGUCUGUGCUGCUCUUUGCAGAAGGUGGCCUGUGUUUCCCAAAGCA